AUGGAAAGAACAUCUUGUGAAAGCAAGUCUUUGCGUGAGAUGUAUUCUAAAGAACUUCAAGAGCAUCCUAGUGCUAGGAGUCAUUUAAAUGCAAGAAAAUCGAACAAAGUAUCUAAAGAAAGAACAGAUCUUAAUCGAAAGAAAAUAGCCGAACAGUCAUCAAAGGAAUCGCUAAUGUUGAAGCUAAUUGGUGAUAAACAUGGACAGAAGUCAAAUUUCUUGGACGAUGAAGGUCAAGAAAUUGCGAAGUGCUUUACUUUGUCUCCACUUCACAUUUGGAAAUUUAAAGAUCGUUUCAACUCAGCGGAAUCUCUAGGAAUCCACGAAACUUUGCUGCAUCAUGUUAUAGACAACAAGUGGAACAAACGACUUAAACACAAACUUUACAAAGUCUUUAGAGGCGAGAAUGUUCAUGUAUCCGUUAUAGGAGGCUCGAACACAGCCGGAGGGCAUACAGAAAGACGAAGGCACAACAGAGGGCAUAUUUUUCGUGUUAUCUUAGAUUGGUGGCAAAAAGUCAUAACGCCUAUCACCGGUUCGCAUCUUAAGAUGCGUCAAAUUGCCAUGGGAGGGACCGGAAGUGACUUUUUUCAGUAUUGUUACAAAUCAUACGUUCAAGAAAAUGUUGACCUUAUUUUUCUUGAGAUGUCUGUUAAUGACCUUCAUGACUUACCGAAUCAAGCCAACCUUAGCCUGCCUCUUGAGCAGCUCACACGAGAGUUGCUUGACUAUGACACCGAGCCAGCAGUUCUAUACGUCAAUCUUUUCAGCGGUCGUUCCUACUAUCAAGGCUGCGCGAGCCUGGAAGAUUUUGGCCAGCGGCUGCUCUCGGACGUCUACAACAUCACAACUUUAGGGCGCGAUGCAGUUUGUCCCGUAGUAGAUGGGAAAUACAGAAUUCCUUUAAAUACAUGCAAAGUUGUUUGUAGCGACGGACAUCACAUAAAUCAAUUGGGGCAUGCGCAUAUAGCGCUUAUGGCGAUAAACCUAUUUCGUGAUGUUUUUUUGGACAAUUUGAAUCACAUGAUGAAGCUUCGUGGUCUCUUAUUGGACAGCUCAAAUCACGUGAGCAAAUUGCUUCCGCGACCGAUGUUCAUUCGAACAGAAAACAAGAUUAUCAGACAUCCACUUUGUUGGACGACAUUGACUCCGAAUUUCAAGAGGAAAAUCAUAAAAAACAGUAUGGAAGUUGGAGUGAUGGAAAAUUACGGUUUUGAUUAUUUACAUAACAAACGUAUUGGUGAUGGAGAAUGCUGGACAGAGAGCAAUUGUCGUGCUGAUGCAUACAGUGGAUGGACAGGAAAAGAUGUUGGGGCCAUACUUGUAAUGUCAUUUACAAUACCUCCUCUUCAUUAUAAACCUCGAACUGGGACGAGAUCGGUUGUCUUAGCAACACGGACAUGUUGGAAUUGCGGCAUUGCGGAAAGUUGGCUGGACGAUGACAUCAUGGGAAGGAAACGGCUUCAAGGACACAGCAAAUACGCGCAAACAUUGUUGCAACUUGUUGGUCUUCGCGUAGAGCCUGGGGACCACACAAUGAGCGUCAAACUUGUGCAUCCGGGAUAUUUCACAGUAGUGGGGGUUAUGCUGGGACCGCCAGAUGGGCCAUAUUAAUGUUAAGAUAGUCUAUGUCAUAUUUGGAAUGUAAAUGUGACAAUUUAUUCUAAUUACCUCGAGCUACGAUCCUAAAUAGCGUAAUUGAUACUUUAAAUCCUUCAAAGAUUCAAAUUUCUUCACUUGCUUUACAGCGAAAUAAUGUUGACGCUAAAUCAUCUCUCCUAAUGAAGCAACUGAAGGGAACGCUGUAAUUAUCUUUAAAAAAACGUGUUUUAUUAUAAAAAUUCAUGAAAAAAACUGCAACAGAAGCAAAUCAUAAAGUCAAAAAACAAUUUUGAACCAUUAAAUGGACAAAAAUCUAGCGCUGUCAGUUUUCCACGCUAUGAGCGUGAACCUAGUUUAUACAGGAUAUUUUACAAUAGUAGGGUGGUAAUGGUGUAACCACAAUAAUGGAGCAUAUUAUGCUAAAUGGUCUAUGUCUGAUAAUCAUCAUUUGUAGCUAUAAAUAUUGUCAUCCAAAGGAAAGACUUGAAUUGUAAUAAUAAAUUGUAGUAAUAGUAUACUAAUUAACUCAUUACGUUCCUACGCGA